GUUGCAUUUGUUGUCAAAAGGUUGCAAAAUGGAUCGCUUGCCUGCCGGAGGUGUCGAUAAUAUCCUCUUUUUGACCGAUUCUUACAAGGUCACUCAUCACAAACAAUACCCUCCAAACACAUCUCACGUUUACUCCUACUUUGAAAGUCGUGAAGAAUGUGCUUAGGGCUGGCAGUACACGGGAGUAGAUCCUCGUUCAGCGGCAGCCUUAAGCACAUAUGUCACAAAUAUAACGUCACUCAUCACAAACAAUACCCUCCAAACACAUCUUACGUUUACUCCUACUUUGAAAGUCGUGGCGGUAAGUUUAGUCAGACUGUCUUCUUCGGGCUGCAGUACAUUCUGAAGCGAUGGUUUGUGGGGAAGGUUGUGACAAAAGAGAACAUACAAGAGGCAAAGGAACUGUAUAAAGGACAUUUUGGUCAGGAUUUCUUCAACGAAGACGGAUGGAACUACAUAUUGGAGGAGCACGGUGGUUGCUUGCCCAUACGCGUCCGUGCCAUUCCAGAGGGCAGCGUGGUGCCCACUAAAAAUGUCCUCUUCACCGUUGAGAAUACCGAUCCAAAGUGUUACUGGCUUACAAACUACUUUGAGACUAUUUUUGUUCAAUGUUGGUAUCCAAUGACAGUGGCGACGAACUCUCGUUAUCAGAAAGAAGCCAUUGCAAGGAACCUCGAUGAGACCGCUGACAGCUUGGCUGGUCUACAAUUCAAACUUCACGACUUUGGUUACAGGGGUGUUUCGUCUGUAGAGACUGCAGGUAUAGGUGGCGCAGGUCAUUUGGUAAAUUUCCGGGGUACGGACACAAUAGCGGCGUUACUUACGGCCAAGAAAUAUUACAAUUGUCCGCUGGCUGGGUAUAGUAUACCUGCAGCUGAACAUAGUACAAUCACGACUUGGGGAAAAGACGGUGAGGUGGAGGCCUUUAGAAAUAUGUUGACCCAAUUCCCUACAGGCAGCGUGGCUGUUGUGAGUGAUAGUUAUGACAUCUGGAAUGCCUGCGCUAAUAUCUGGGGAGGAGAGCUGAAAGAUCUAGUGGUGGCGCGUGGUGGGCAUGGGGCCCUUGUUAUACGCCCCGACUCAGGCGAACCGAAGGAAGUGGUUGUCAAGGUUUUGGAAAUACUAGGUAAGAGGUUUGGAACAGAGAAUAACAGUAAGGGAUACAAAGUGCUUCCACCCUAUCUCCGUGUCAUCCAAGGCGAUGGUAUCAACAUCGAAUCUCUGGAGGAAAUCUUGAACAAUAUGAAACAACACAAAUGGAGUGCUGAUAACAUUGCGUUUGGCAGCGGUGGGGCUCUAUUGCAACGAGUUGACCGGGAUACGCAGAAGUGUGCGUACAAGUGUAGUUAUGCUGUGGUGAAUGACAUAGGGGUAAAUGUAUAUAAGGAGCCAAUCACAGACUUGGGGAAGACAUCGAAGAAAGGCCGAUUGACGCUGCAGAGAACAGAAAGCGGUGGCUUUGUGACUGUCCAGGAAGGGAAGGGAGACAAUAAAAAGGACCUCCUGAAGAUCGUUUUUGAAAAUGGCAAAUUGUUACGUGACUUCAGCUUGGAUGAAAUACGCGCUAAUGCAGAGAUCGAUCUCGUCAAACAACGUCGGACUUCAGCGGCCGAAAACUGAAGAAGUAGAUUGAGUUAUGUCGCAAUAUUUCCUUCAUCAAAACGUUUUCAUCAAACGAUUUCAGGAGGAUGGAUUUCUUGUAGUCCAUUUCACGAAAAAAUGGCACUCUAAUACUUGUGGAUUUUAUACUGAAAAUGCAGCAGUUGAACAAAAGGUUAUAAUUAUCUCAUCUGAAACUACAAAGUCCAAAGUAUAUUAAUAUUCUUACUUUGCCAGAAUCAGACAAUACCUCAGUCACUGUGAAUGAGCUACUGAUAGCAAAAUAUUGACAAAUUUCUCAGCCAUUUUAUGGCUUCUUUUUCUGUGCCGAGCCAUUUUAUCGAGGAAUGGACUACAGCAGAAUGACCUUUUAGAAUUUUGUUAGAAAUGCAAUGAUUUUUAUGUAGUGUAUGGAAAUGCAACCAGCAGUUGGGAUGAAAAAUAUGCCAGCAGAAGGGGAUGGGGAUUUGAAAUUUAUGCAUCCUCUCUGGAAGGGCCUAUAACAAAUUUCAGUGUAUAAGGAUGAUUUACAAAUGUACGGUAAUUGAGAGUGGCCUCCUUGGGCAAGAUUCUUUACUAUCUUUACUGUUAUUUUGUCUUCAUCAUUGGUUCCUGUUGUCAUCUCAACCUUGGUCACGCUAGAUAGUAUUAAGUUUAAGCAAUAUGGUUAUCAGUAAGUUUUAUAGAAAAUGUCAACCGUUCACACGAAGCUAUAUAGAUGUCUUAAAGGCUGCACAAAAUGUAUUUAGAUGUAGAUGUAGAUGUUUUGCACCAAUAUGAGUGUUAAUGGGAGUGAUUACUGGAAGCUGCCGUGUUGUUAAUAGGCCAGAGACAUUGCUAGAAGCUGUUGACUAAUGUUAAUGAGAUGGGUACAUUACUGGAGCUGUUGCUUUGUCUGAAUUGCUUUGAACAUAAGGCAACUUUGUUCAAAGCACAAACUCCUUAUUUCGUCCUUUCCAUUUCAAGUGGAAAAUGUAUAGUGCGUGUUCUUGUUGUAUCCUCAUGAAUUGUUGAUGUAGAAAAAACUUGGGGUAGUUGUAAUUUUUUUGGGGGGAGGUUGGGCUUUUGAAGUCUGUGAGGAACGAGUUUAGAAUCCCCGAUCACACCCCAAAAAAAGGUCAUCGGUUGACUAACAAAGCACCACUGUUCAAUGGAUUUAUAGUUGAAUGCGAUCAAACUACGUCAUUUCCGAUCGGGGAUUCUAAAGUUUAGCCAUCUGUGACACCAAGAGCAUUGCAAGCCUUGCCUACAUCUAUCAGGUGAUAAACUUUCCAUGAAAUAUUUCGUUAGAGAUUCGAUAAAGUUAUUUGAACAAUUAUUUUUAUAAUUUGACGAAAAUUAUACGACAUGCCAUUGCUUUAAAUUCUUCUCUUACAUGUAUAGAAUUCUCCCAGCUUCUGUUUCUGAUCAUGUGUGAAAUCUUUUGGCAAAUUCUCUCACGUAAAUUCAAUAUCAAAGCACUUAGGUGUGAAUGGAUGAUAUAUGAUUAUGAAAUACCAAGUGUAGAUGAGAUCUAUACUUGGAAAUGCUGAUAUACAGAAUAACAAACUAGAAUUGUCGGUUGAGUCUGCAGGUAGACUCUGGAGUCUCCGUCAACUGUGGGGUGCUUUGUUUGUUGAGGAAGUGGAGGAGGCAGUAUGUUUUGGUUAAAAGUUUAUUGGGAAAAUAGAUAUAUACAUAUAUACAUAGUUGGAGAUUAAAAGUCGGGUUACUGGUUUGUAGACCUUGGUAUGAGAAUUGUCUUCGCUGGCAAGGUUUGCAUUGGGUUUAUGUUGCUGCUGUGUUGGGAUAGCAGCGAUGGUGAUGUUGUGAUUCACAUGUGCCUUAAACACUAUUCUGCACAUGCGACUUGCGCAUGACCGGAACUUGAUCGUCUUAUCAACGCCGUCGCCUCGCUCCAAGGCCCUGCCUGUAUUGACCACUAUUGUUGCCGCGAAAAUUUGUUUGUAGCAAGAAUAACUUAUAACAACAAUGAAUCAUAAAAGAUUUCAAUUUAUGUCCAAGCAAGUGUGUUCCUGUAAUCGUUGCUUUUAAGUACGAAUUGAUCAACAUGGAAGCUAUCGAAAUUGGCAGGGAAUAUGGUCGCAUAAUACGUCUCGUUUGGAGAAUGUGCAAUGGCGGAAAUCGAAAUUGGCAGGGAAUAUGGUGGCAUAAUACGUCUCGUUUGGAGAUUGUGUAAUGGCGGAUCAAAUUUUCACGACCCAUCGCCAAACGGCUGUCUCGUCCCCUAAAAUAUGUCGUUAUUGCUCGCUAAAUAAUUCUGAAAAUUCGCACUGCACACCUUUGAUGUUUCGAUAAACAACUCAUUAUACUAUUUGAUUUACUUAAUGUCCAGUUUUCCCUAAACUUCGCGAACACGAAUCCACCUGGGUUCUCCAAUCACUAAUGAUAUACACAGUCCAUUGCAUACACCGUAGUCACAUGGAACGGGGUUAUAAAUUGGGGGAAUUUGCCUAGCUAAACCAAGAGUCUCCUUUCAACCCUACAUACGUAGGUUGACGGAGACUAAUGAAUUAUGAUGUCCAAAAUAAUGAUUUGAAAUAAGAUGGCAGUUUUGUUUUGUUUUUACCAAACCUUUUUAGAAUUGAACAGAAAGUUGUACAAUACCAGUAUACAUGUCAAGUUAGAUGCACCAAGCCAGAACAUAGAAUUUGUUACUUUCAGUAAUUUUUUACUGACAUUAUUUAUUUGUUAUUUAUUAUUUAAUACUUAUCUUUGUGCUAACACUACAGUUGCUUGUAAAAUAUAUGAUAUAAAUAGAA